AUGUCGGCACAUAAUACCUCGGUAGCUGAGGUUGUGGAAUAUGUUAAGAAAAACAUUAUUGAUCCAAAUUUUGAAAAUGUGGAAGAAUUUGAGAUUUUAUCGACUAUUCGAUAUGACCCUAACUUGACGCAUGUUCUCCCAGUGACAACCCAGCUGGAUUUUGACAUCAGAUUUGACUUUUUGAAGAAUGAUAGUUCGUCAGUGGUUUCAGCAGUUUCAGGUAACGUUUUGUUCAACGAAGAUUUUCUAAAUGAUGGUAAUGAUAAUGCUGUUCAUGAUCCGUUGAGUGAAUUGUUAUUCCUGUUAGAACAGCCACUAAAGGCAGGUUAUACAUCUUUAGUUCCGAGCAGUAGUAAGAUGGAUUUAAAAUCUACCUAUGAAGAGAGAUUUUUUCUGUUAAAGGAGCAUCACCAGAGAUUAAAUCUUACAAUGUCAUAUUUUGAUUGGGAUUUUGAAAUUCCCUUCAGCUUGCUACUGGAUAAGUUAAUCGAGGCAUUACCGCUUGCAUGUGCAGAAAGCGAUGAAGAGAAUAUUAGUUUGAGCAGGAGAAUGGAGUUACUUUUAAGUAUGAAUCAAAGUUAUAAAAUGCGUGUUUUAAUUUCCAGGGGUGGAAAUAUGAAGAUUGAAGCUUACCCCUUGCAAACGGAGACAGCUGAACCAAAUGAUAAGCAGCAGUAUUUCAUCAACACCCUUCUAUCUGGGUUUCUAACUAAUGGGCCUGUUUGGGACGUUUAUAUUGAUACUCAGACAAUUGUGAUUUCUCCCUUCACAACAUUUAAGACAACGAAGAGACAACAUUAUAAUGAGAGUCGUACUCGUAUGACUGAAAUGGCUUCUAGAAUAGGUAAUCCAAAUAAUAAAACCGAAAUUUUAGUUUAUAAUGAGGCAUUUCAACUUUUGGAAGGCAGUAUUACCAGUGUAGCUGUCAAAAACUAUAUCAAUGAGAAGGAAUAUCGUUAUGUGGCCCCGUUUUUGGCAUCUGGAUGUUUAUGUGGAGUAAUGAGACACUUUUUAAUACAGAAAGGUUUGGUCCAAGAAGAAGCAAUUGACAUCCGUGAUAUAUCAGUGGGUGAUGAGGUAUUAAUAUUCAACAGUGUUAUGGGGUGUGUCAAAGGUAUUAUUAAAAACAACCCAACACGUAAAUGA